CUCGCAGCAGUCGAACUUUUUUGACGUUGAUUUGUGUGUGAUCGCGAAAACAACAUGCUUUUUUGGCUUAUUUUUUGGUAAAAAAAGAACGAUUUAGAACUAAAACCUGACUAGAACAGUGUUUGUCCGUGCAUACACAAAUAUCUACAAUGCCCAAAUUAGAUCAGAGACCCAAAGUUAUAUUGGAGGAGUUCCGAGUGAAGAAUGCUCCCAACGAUUAUGGAAUGGCUGAUGAAAAAUGGAAUUUCAAAAAAUUUGCAAAAAAUAUGCGCAUAGUGGUUGUGCGGAUGGAUAAUUUUACAAUGGAAUUUGAUUUAAUUGGUGUUCAACCUGCGUUCGCCAAUGCAUUUAGAAGAUUAAUGCUAAGUGAAGUGCCAAGCAUGGCAAUUGAAAAAGUUAUGAUUAAAAAUAACACUUCUAUAAUACAAGAUGAAGUUCUGGCUCACCGACUUGGGCUAAUACCCCUGAAAGCAGACCCUAGGUUAUUUGAGUAUAGACCUGAAGGUGCAACAGUUGGCACUGAAUUUGACACAUUGGAGUUUUCUUUAAAAGUAAGGUGUUCAAACAAUAAAUCACAACCAAAAGACUCUUUUAGACCAGAAGAUUUAUAUGAAAAUCAUAGUGUAUAUUCAUCACAAAUGAAGUGGUGCCCUCUUGGCAACCAAGCGUCUGUCCACAAGGAGGCAGAGGUGGGCCCGGUUCACGGAGACAUUCUCAUAUCAAAAAUGAGGCCAGGCCAUGAACUUGAUUUGCAAUUAGUAGCAGUAAAAGGCAUUGGAAAGGACCAUGCCAAAUUUUCACCAGUUGCAACUGCUUCAUACCGUUUAUUGCCUGAAAUCACACUCACCCGAGAUGUGACCGGUGGUGAGGCGACUCUGCUACAAACCUGCUUCUCCCCUGGUGUUAUUGGAAUUGAUUCGGAUGGUCGAGCAUUUGUGCAGGAGGCACGCUAUGACACAUGCAGCAGAAACGUAUACAGAUAUGAUGAAAUCAAGGAUUCUGUCAUACUAAGCAGGAUAAGGGAUCAUUUUAUAUUUAAUGUGGAGUCCGUGGGAGCAAUGCCACCUAAUGUAAUAUUUGUUGAAGCUGUUAAAAUUUUAAGAGAUAAGUGUAAGUCCUUAUUAGACGAAUUAAACACUUUAUAAAAUGAUAAGUA